AUUUGUGUCCAAUCGGUUGAUGAAAGGGAGAAGAAGAAAGAGAAGGUGUUUGGCAAGGAUAGAGGUAUAAAAAUGAAACCAUUUCAGAUUCUUAUUACUUUUGAAAUUCUCAAAAACCAUUUUUUUUGUUGUUUGAAUGCAUUCUAAUUGUUAUUAUAAUAUUAUUAUUAAAUGGAUUUGGAAUCUUCCGAGGAUUCUUUAACUACCAAAACUUGCAAAUGUCGCGAUUGCAAUUGCGAAUGCGGAUGCUCAAAACGGACAACUAAUUGGAUCCGUUCCGUGAAACGGAAACAUGAUGAUGUUGUUCAUGUUGAAAUUGGGGACGAAUCCGUUUCGUUACUAACACAAGCGGUUAGCGGUCAUCAAAAAGCAAUUGAGGAUUUGUAUUCUGAGUUGGAAGAGGAGAGGAAUGCUGCUUCAUCCGCAGCGAAUGAAACAAUGUCGAUGAUAUUAAGGUUGCAAACUGAGAAGGCUGAACUUGAAAUGGAAGCGCGGCAAUUCAAGCGUUUUGUGGAGGAAAGGGCGUGUUACGACGAGCAGGAAAUUUUAGCUUUGGAGGAAUUGUUGGAUAAAAGGGAACAAACGAUUCAUUUGCUUACGUGCGAAAUUCAGGCUUAUAAACAUAGAUUAAUGAGUAAUGGCUUAAGUACUGAGUUAGAGUUAGAAGGUGAUUAUGAGUAUCCUCCUUUGAAAUGUAAUAUAAUGAAUGCUGUCACGGACACAGACACCAAUAAUAAUGAGAAUGUUUUUGAUGUUGAUGUCGUCGGUACAAAGAAUAUUAUAGAGAAGAUAAUAGUCGCACAAUCUCCUAGAACAAAUAAUUCGAUGAAAUUUUCAGGUCACUCAUCCUCGUUUGUGUUGAAUUCUCCUAGAUUCAAUGGUAGCAUUAAAAAGAUGAAUAAUGGAUCAGAGAAUUUCUUAAGUUUUAAGAAUAUGGAUUGUGUGUGUGAGGCUAGUGGUUAUGAUGAUGAGCAUGUAACAACUCCAAGGGAGUUAGGAAAUCAGGGAGAUUUUGAAGAUCCAUCUGCAAAGAAGUUUUACUUGAAGCUUCAUGCAAUAUCAAUGCUACUCUUGAACGCUUCAACUAUGAUUCUGAUUGUCCUGUUAUCUAUAUACCUCAUAAGAACGUGGACGAAACGGUAAACUAUCGGAAAGUUACACACACAAAGAAUAGAGUAAUCGAGGUUCGAACUCUGGUCAUGGCGUCGGACUAAAAAAUUUCAACAUUUUUACCAAUUGAGCUAGGAUUUCUGAACUUCUAAGCCAAUAAUUUAAUCACCGACUCAGAUAUGUCAAACAUCUAUAUUAUAAUUACUUGUCUUACUCAAACUAAAUAGUAUUCUCAGGUUUCUUCUCAAGGUGCAAAUUCACAAGUGACAUUCUUUAAAUAAUUUAAUCUAGCACCUACGUGUCUUCUCUUUACAGAGUUGAGAUCCUCUCCAUUUUAUAUUUUUUCCAUUACCUUUUAAAUGUUUAAGGGUAAUAGGGUGUAUAAAAGAUAUUUGUACUCACUUAAUGUCACACUUUUUGAUUUAUAUUUCCAAAACUAUAUAAUAAUGGAGGAAAUGGAAAAGAAAAAAAAAGGUAAUUAAGAUUGAGAGGAUCCUAACUCCUCUUUACAAC